AUGGCGGGAGUCCAUGUUUCUGGACCGGGGCCUCCCAGUCAUACCUCCCCAACCAAACUUGCUCUCCCUAGUACCUCCCGUAACCAGGCACGUGAUGCUGAGUCUCGCAAGGAGAAAAAAAUUGGACACAGACGUGUUACAGAAGAAGGAACUGUCACGUACAAGAAGAAACCUACAUCAGAACUUCAAGGAGCUAUUCAACUUGGCAUACAACAUCAUAUUGAUUUUAAUAUUAUCGAUACGGUUAAUUUUCCUCGUGAAGGCACGAAAACAACACAAGCCCAUCCAUAUUCAGAUUUCCGAUUUAGAAUUUAUGCUCCUGUGGCUUUUCGAUGUUUCCGAAAGUCAUAUAAAUUGGAUAUUCGUGAUUUCUUAAACUCUUUAUGUAGCCAAUCACUUCAAGAGCUUUCAAACCCCGGUGCAAGUGGUUCCAUUUUUUAUAUUAGUCAAGAUGAUGAAUUCAUCAUUAAAACUGUACAACAUAAAGAAGGUGAAUUUUUACAAAAAUUAUUACCAGAAUAUUUUAUGAAUUUAAUGCAACAUCCUCGUACUUUAUUACCGAAAUAUUACGGUCUUUAUUGCUAUCAGUCUGGACAUAAAAAUAUUCGAUUUGUUGUCAUGAAUAACCUACUACCUUCUUCCGUACGUAUUCAUGAAAAAUAUGAUUUAAAAGGAUCUACUUAUGGUCGCCAGGCCAGUGAUGCUGAACGCGCUAAAAGUUCACCAACUCUAAAGGAUCUCGAUUUUAUUGAGAAUCAUCCAGAUGGAAUCUGGUUAGAGGCAGAAACCUAUGAUGCUUUGCUCAAAACGAUAGAAAGGGAUUGUCUCGUACUCAAGUCUUUUAGAAUUAUGGACUACUCCCUUCUAUUAGGUAUACACAAUUUGGAUCAAGCUAAACGUGAACGACUCGCUCAAAAACAUGCAUCUGAAAAAGAAUCUACUGUAAAUGAACAUGGUGAUGAGUCGUCUGACUUAUCUCCGAAUUCAAUCCCAAAAAUUAAAUCCAACGGAUUAGUAUCACAUAUUUCUAAUAAGAGUAAUGGAAAUAACACUGAUCGGUCUACUUCACCAUCAAAUGGUGUAGGUAUUGGUGGACUUAUAGGUGCUGUCAAUGAGAGCAGUAAUAAAACGUCACCAUCUUCUCCAAAUGGUUCACAACUACCUACACGUCAUGCUCAUUUCACAUCUGGUGUUGAUGAUGAAAUAAAAACACCAAGUGAUCAUAUUACUAACAAUGAUGAAGAGGAUAAAUCGGUGUUUCAACGCGGCGUACAUAAAUCACAUUCACAAAAACGUGUUGUUGCUUAUUGUACUGCUAUGGAAUCCAUUAAAGCAAGUUCAGAACCGGUUGAAUUGGAAUCAGAAGAACGUGAACUUAUUCCAUCUGGAGGUAUUCCUGCACGUGAUACUAACGGUGAUCGAUUGUUGUUGUAUAUUGGUGUUAUUGAUAUUUUACAAAGUUAUCGAAUUUUAAAGAAAAUGGAACAUGGUUUCAAAUCUUUGGUAGCUGAUGGAAAAACUAUUUCUGUCACACAUCCGUUAUAUUAUGCUCAACGUUUUCAAGAGUUUAUUGGUCGUACAGUUUUCAAACGUAUACAGUCUCUUGAUGAACCGAAUGUUUUUGGACCGCAUACAUCACGAUUCAGGCGAUAUGUUCAUAUGGCUCAAGCAGCUGUUGCAUUAAAGCAAAGUACUUCCAAACGUCUUCAUCGUCCUAUGGCUGCUAUCAAAACUCUAGAUGAUACUAUUGAUUUGGCUGACAAAGGAACAACAUAUGAAAGUGUUAAAUCGACAGAUGUUUCACCUUUGUAUAGAUCAGAUCGAAACAGCUCAACUCAAGCGCUCAUCUACUAUACAUCGUUUAAUAACAUCAGCUUUACGAAAUACGAUGUGCGGUGUCCAUCCGAAGUCCAAAGUUGUAACGGUACAUACUCAAGAAAAAGCUCAUAUUCUAGUUCACCAUCAAAACAGCCUUAUGCGAUUAGAAGUAAAUUGGGAUCCAAUUCCUCCAACAUUACGCCAAUCACAAAAAUGCCGAACCGGUACCGUAGUACGGGCGAACUCAAUCGAAGGAUCUCCACUCCAGAAUCAUCAAUUUUUACCAUGUCGUCUGAAAAUGAUCAAGGACCAAUUACAGGAAAUAAUUACAGUAGAAGAUUUAAACCACAAUCCGGAUACAGAUCUACCGCUUUAAUAUCUUCAUUUAAUAAUGAUAAUAAUCAACGUAUCCUACAUUUGUACGAUAUAUUAGCAGCUGAUAUUGAACGUACACCUAGUCAAAUUAGUUUCAGUACAUCAAGUUCAAGUGAUAAAUAUUCAAAUAUUGCUGAUAAACACACUAAUGAUAGUCAGAAUAAUCUAUCAUCACCACUUAACAAAUCAUCUUAUUAUGACCAUAAUUUAUUACAAAUAGUCAAUAAUCAACCAAAAUCAUGUGGUAUUAUACAAAAUAGUCAUCAAAUAUCAUCGUAUCAAGUUGAUACUUCUCUUUUUAAUUCACAAGUACUUCCGUCAAACAUUGAUAAAAAUAAUAAUAGUGAUGAUAAUAAUAAUACAUUAAAAAUAAGUGAUGAAUCGUCUGAUUUGAUAAACAAUAUUAAAAAGAGACAAUCUAAUCGACUCAGUCAGAUUGAUUGUGCUUCAUUAGAGAAAUUCAUGAAUGAUGCUUCUUCAACACUCUCCUCUCCCAUCUAUGAUCCUUAUGGGAUGGCAUUUAAAAUUCCUAGUUGGUCAUCAUCACCUUCUACAACAGCAUAUCACCGUAAUCAUCACCAACCAUAUAAUCGUCGUCGUCCUCUACCAGCCCUAAUUACUGAUAAACAGCAAGAUUGUCCAGUUCCUUCUUCACGUAAUUCUAUCAAAUCAUCUGGAAGUAUAUCACGACCUGUCCCGAUACUUAGUGAAUCAUUUAUAAGAAAGCGUCAAUGUCGAAAAGUGAAUUAA